CAAGUUGGAAUUUUUAUUAAAUCAUCACUACUGUCAGCCACCAAAUCUCAUCAGGCUUCACUGAACAAACCAAGUUUAAAAUUUGUCAAGUAGCAGGGCCAGUUGCUAAGGGUGACAGUGCACGGGAAGGAUUAAAAGUGAACAAUGACUCAACUGAAAGAAUACGUCAGAUUACUGGGAGCCUAUCUGUUCAUCAGUCUUCAUGUUCAAGGGCAAAAUCUAGACAGCAUGCUCCAUGGCACAGGAAUGAAGACAAAUCCUGACCAGAAGAAACAGGCAAAUGGAGUAACAUUGGCUCCAGAGGACACCUUACCUUUUCUACAGUGCUACUGUUCAGGACAUUGUCCGGAUGAUGCUAUUAAUAACACAUGCAUAACUAACGGGCAUUGCUUUGCCAUUGUUGAAGAAGAUGAACAUGGAGAACCCAUCCUUGCUUCAGGUUGCAUGAAGUAUGAAGGUUCAGAUUUUCAGUGCAAGGAUUCCCCAAAAGCACAGCUACGUCGGACAAUUGAAUGCUGUCGAACUGAUUUCUGCAAUCGGGAUCUGCAGCCCACACUACCGCCACUUGGUAGUACAGAUGGACUUUUUGAUGGCAGCGUUCGUUGGAUGGCAGUGCUGAUUUGUAUGGCAGUCUGCAUCAUUGUUAUGAUCAUCUUAUUUAGCUGCCUUUGUUACAAACAUUACUGUAGAUGGGUAGCAAAAAGACGUUGUUAUAAUCGUGAUCUGGAGCAAGAUGAAGCAUUUAUUCCAGUCGGGGAGUCAUUAAAGGAUCUUAUUGACCAGUCACAGAGUUCUGGCAGUGGAUCAGGACUACCUCUGUUGGUUCAGCGCACUAUUGCCAAACAGAUUCAGAUGGUGCGGCAAGUUGGGAAAGGGCGAUAUGGUGAGGUGUGGAUGGGUAAAUGGCGAGGCGAAAAAGUGGCAGUCAAAGUAUUUUUUACCACUGAGGAAGCCAGUUGGUUCAGAGAAACUGAGAUUUACCAGACUGUUCUAAUGCGUCAUGAAAACAUACUUGGUUUUAUAGCAGCUGAUAUUAAAGGCACAGGCUCCUGGACACAACUUUACUUGAUUACAGAUUACCAUGAAAAUGGAUCCUUGUAUGACUUCCUGAAAUGUGCCACACUUGACAACAGGGCUUUGCUCAAACUGGCUUAUUCUGCUGCAUGUGGUCUGUGCCAUCUACACACAGAAAUUUAUGGGACACAAGGCAAGCCUGCUAUUGCACACAGGGACCUGAAGAGUAAAAAUAUCUUGAUAAAGAAAAAUGGAAGCUGCUGUAUUGCUGACCUGGGUCUUGCUGUCAAAUUUAACAGUGAUACGAAUGAAGUUGAUGUCCCUUUGAAUACUAGAGUGGGAACAAAACGUUACAUGGCCCCAGAAGUCCUAGAUGAAAGCCUAAAUAAAAAUCAUUUCCAACCAUAUAUCAUGGCUGACAUCUACAGUUUUGGCUUGAUCAUUUGGGAAAUGGCUCGACGUUGUGUCACAGGAGGUAUUGUUGAAGAGUACCAGUUGCCAUAUUAUGACAUGGUGCCGAAUGAUCCAUCUUAUGAAGAUAUGAGAGAGGUGGUGUGUGUCAAGCGCCUACGCCCAGUGGUAUCUAACAGAUGGAAUAGCGAUGAAUGUUUAAGAGCAGUGUUGAAGUUAAUGUCUGAAUGCUGGGCCCACAAUCCUGCCUCUAGACUUACAGCCUUGAGGAUCAAGAAGACACUUGCCAAGAUGGUGGAAUCACAAGAUGUAAAGAUUUGACAGAAUAAUAUAGUACUGAGGAGCAGAGUUGGACUCCUAGAACUUUUCACCCUGAUAAGGGUGGGAACUAAGUGGGAAGAGGAAGCAACUGAGAUUCAGUCCACUUCCUCAUCUCACUUUUACAGGCUGCUAAUAUUAAAUCUUUCAGUACUUUGUAGAAUAUAAUGCUGAGAGUCUCUGUACACUACAUGCUACAUAUAUGGACAGCCUUGUUUUAAAUAUGCGUAUCAUUUUUGUUUUAAGCUGCAUUGAGACUUCAGUCACACUUAGUGAGUCUCCAGUGAAACUCUGGAUACUGAAUUGCUUUCUGUGAAAGCCUUAAAAAGCUAAAUGGAUUCAACAGAGAUGGAGAAAUAUAAGCUUUUUGCCUUCUACCUGAUAAAAACCUAGUUGGUUCAUACCAAGACUUUUUGAAAUAGCCUGUAGGUUAGGAAUCUGUUUGAGAUACUACUCAGUUUAACAGUUCCUAUGCCUUUUAUGGGUCUUUUAUGUGUGUGCCAGGAUUCUUUGGCUGCCAUUUGGGAUAGAUGAUAAUUUAAAUUCACAGAAAGACUUAUGGUCAGGGCCCCAUAUGUUCCCUGAUUCCACAGUUUCAGGAUUUGCCACAGAAUUCAUCCCUCGACACAGAAUUGUGCUCCAGAAUCUCAAUUUUCAUGUUGAAAUAAUUACAUUUCUGUGCUGUUUUGGUUGCAAAGAGAACCUCAGAAAUGUGAACAGUGUAAACUAAUGUCCAUCUGAGGGCUUGUCUACACGGUUCAGCAAUGCGCACACUAGAGGGGUGUGAUUUCUAAAGUAUACUGACUGAUCCAUGUAGAUCCUGUUGGCACACACUAUAAGUUUCCUAGGGUGCUUAAUGUACAUGCUGCUUGUUAACAUGCACUAGGAAACUUUUUAGUGUAUGCCAGCAGGGUUGUUGCAGGCCAGUAAGCGUGCAGCACAUGAGUGCAUUUUAGAAAUCACAUUUCUCUAGUGUGCAUUGCCUCGCUGUGGAGACAGGCCCUGAGUCUGCAGAGAGCCUGAAACAGUGACUGAGAGGUGUGAUCUGCCUCAAUCAUCUCACUUGGGGCCCAGUAUGCUCCUUGAUUGUGUGGUUGUGGAAUUUGGCUUUUUUCAGGGUACCACAGAAGUCAUCAUUUUUGCUGUAGACUUCACCAUUUUGCAGCAACCAGACCUUUGGCUUUCUGUUUUGUCUCUCUGUCCUGCUGGGACCUGUCUGCAGCUGCUUCAUGCUUUGCAUCUUUCCCCAUGAGAGGGAAUUAAAUGGAUUGCACUGCAUGCUCCUUUCUCUAUUCUGUAGAACCAGGCAGGAGGGGAGGUCUGAGAGCCAGAGCUGGAGUCCAGUUUGCAGCUAGGGCCCACUCCCAGAAGUGCAGGCUGGGCAGCUAGGAAACUGAGAGUGUCAUCCAAGGCCUGGGGAACUGAGAUGAACCGCUGAAGCUGACUGGCAUGCAUGAGGCAGGCAAAGGAGAUUCUGAGCUAGAUCACCCUGACAGCAUCGUUACUGCUGGAGAUCUACUGGGCCAUCUAGAGGACACGUUGAAAAAACAUAAUCAAAUACUAUCAUUCCUGAAAAUCAUCGACGAAUUGUAAAUCAGUGUAUUUUCAACUGAAUCGGACGUGUGUUGUUGGGUAUGGGAGAAAUGGGAUUGAAAGGGGUUUUAAUGGAGGUACAAUAAAUUAACAUUGCUGCAGGAUUUGGUCAAGGGUUGCUGUAUAAUAUGCAGUGCUGUGCAUAUGAUUCUGUACUGCAGCAACUAGCUAGUUACAUGAAAGCCAUUUGGCUUGCACAGGAAAUCAAAUUUCUGCUCCUUUUUUUGUUGACCAAGACAGGUUGAUAUAAAAGGCCAAAAAAACUAAAAUGAUUACUGUAAAGUUGGGUCAUUAGUUAUAUACCAUUAAUUUUGUCACUGUUCGUUUGAAGUCAGAAAAAGCACCAUAACUCAAAUUUAAACUCCCAAUGCUGUGAAUCUUCUGAAGAUUAAAAACACAGUAUUGGAACAGUUCAGUUAAACCUAAUUUAAGUGCCUCUAACCUUGUACUGUAAACCUUGUUCUAGAUAAUUUUAAAAAGGGAAGGUAUUUAUAUAGUGUGUAAUGUGCUCUAUUUUAAAACACCUGGUCAUAGGUACAUGUGUACACACAUGCUAUAGCCCAGAUUUGGAGGGGGAAGGAAUUAGGAAUAAUGUUGAAAUUGUUCAGACUUAGCGAUUUCAUAUAAAGAUUUUUGAUAAAUUAUCUGUCGUCUUAAAAUGGGUACAUGGAGACUGCUUUGAAAUUGUGUUAAAAUGUCUUUUGAAAAUACAAUAGAAAAUGUAGCUUAAUGAAGUUCCAAUGUGCAUUUGUGAACAACUGCAAAUAACUAUCUAACAUUGGGUUUUUUCACUUCUGUUCCAUAGUUUGCCAAAAGUAAGUGGUCAGGCAAAAGACUGCAGUAUUUUUUAUUUUCUGUUGUGAUGUACAGACUUUAUUUAACAAUGCUACAUAUUUUAUAGAAAACUAGUUAUCUCAAGGGACAAUUCUUUUUUUAAAAUAAAGUCAUUACUUUUGUUCA